AUGCUGCCCCGAGGGCGGCCCCGGGCUCUGGGAGCCGCCGCGCUGCUGCUGCUGCUCAUCGGAUUCUUCCUGUUCGCCCGCGACCUGGACGGUGAGCGGCGAGCGGGGCGGCCAGGUGGGGGGACCCCGCCGAGCCUCCCCGGGGCGCUGACGCCACGUGUCCCCGUUCCAGAUGGGCGGCCACGGGGAGCCUCUACCCUCGAGGACGCAGAUCGGCCGCCCGCGCCCCACAACCUCUCCGACGCCGCCCCGCUGCCGCCCAAAUGUGAGCUCCUGCACGUGGCCAUGGUGUGUGCGGGUCACAGCUCCAGCCGGGAUGUGGUCACGCUGGUCAAGUCCGUGCUCUUUUACAGGAAGAACCCUCUGCACCUGCACCUGGUGACCGACACUGUGGCCAGAAACAUCCUGGAGACGUACUUCCGCACGUGGAUGGUGCCCGCCGUCCAGAUCAGCUUCUACAACGCGGAUGAGCUCAAGCCGCAGGUGUCUUGGAUCCCCAACAAGCACUACUCGGGCCUCUAUGGGCUGAUGAAGCUCGUGCUGCCCGGCGUCCUGCCCCCCGACCUGGCCCGAGUCAUUGUCCUGGACACAGACGUCACCUUCGCCUCCGACAUAGCCGAGCUCUGGGCGCUCUUCGCCCACUUUUCUGAUGAGCAGGCCAUUGGUCUCGUGGAGAAUCAGAGCGACUGGUACCUGGGCAACCUCUGGAGGAACCACAGGCCCUGGCCAGCUCUGGGCCGGGGAUUCAACACAGGCGUGAUCCUCCUGCGACUGGACCGCCUACGGCAGGCCGGCUGGGAGCAAGCGUGGAAGCAGACGGCCACGCGGGAGCUCCGCACCCUGCUCGCCACCUCGCUGGCCGACCAGGAUGUGUUCAACACCGUCAUCAAGGAGCGCCCCGGGCUGGUGCGGCCCCUGCCUUGCGUGUGGAACGUGCAACUAUCCGACCACACGCUGGCCGAGCGGUGCUACUCGCAGGCGCCUGACCUCAAGGUGAUCCACUGGAACUCCCCGAAGAAGCUGCGCGUCCAGCACAAGCACGUGGACUUCUUCCGCAAGCUGCACCUCACCUUCCUGGGCUACGACGGGAACCUGCUGCGGAGAGAGCUCCUGGGGUGCCCCAGCCCGCUGCCCCCUGGGGCCCUGCAGCUGCAGCAGGCGCUGGCCCAGCUCGACGAGGAGGACCCCUGUUUCGAAUUCCGACUACAACAGCUCACGGUGCCCCGAGUGCACCUCACCUUCCUGCCCCACGAGCCCCCGCCCGCCCGGCCCCAUGAUGUCACCCUGGUGGCCCAGCUCUCCAUAGACCGGCUGCAGAUGCUGGAGACUCUGUGCAGGCACUGGCCGGGCCCCAUGAGCCUGGCCUUGUACCUGACGGACGCGGAGGCCCAGCAGUUCCUGCACUUCGUGGAGGCCUCGGCUGUGCUGUCUGCCCGGCGCGAUGUGGCCUACCAUGUGGUGUACCGGGAGGGACCCCUGUACCCCGUCAACCACCUUCGCAACGUGGCCUUGGCCCAGGCGCUCACGCCCUACGUCUUCCUCAGUGACAUCGACUUCCUGCCCGCCUUCUCCCUCUACGACCACCUCAGGACGUCCAUCGAGCAGCUGGAGCUGGGCAGCCGGCGGAAGGCGGCCCUGGUGGUGCCAGCCUUCGAGACCCUUCACUACCGCUUCAGUUUCCCCAGUUCCAAGGCCGAGCUCUUGGCCCUGCUGGACGCCGGAGCGCUCUAUACCUUCAGGUUCCAUGAGUGGCCCCGGGGCCACGCGCCCACGGACUAUGCCCGCUGGCGGGAGGCGCAGGCCCCGUACCGUGUGCAGUGGGCCGCCGACUAUGAGCCCUACGUGGUGGUGCCACGGGACUGUCCCCGCUACGACCCCCGCUUCGUGGGCUUCGGCUGGAACAAGGUGGCCCACGUCAUGGAGCUGGACGCUCAGGAAUACGAGCUGCUGGUGUUGCCCGAGGCCUUCACCAUCCACCUGCCACACACCCCAAGCCUGGACAUUUCCCGCUUCCGCUCCAGCUCCACCUACCGCGCCUGCCUCCAGGCUCUGAAGGAUGAGUUCCACCAGGACCUGUCCCGACACUACGGGGCUGCCGCCCUCAAGUACCUCACUGCCCUGCAGCGGCCCCGCGGCCCCACCUGACCCCCUCCCACCUAUUUAAGUUAUUUACAUUCCCUACGGGAAGGACUGGGCGGACGCCCCUGGCUGGGGCCUAAGGGCCCCUUGCUGCUAUUCGUGGCCAGGAUCCAGGCCGAUCCAAGUCUCCCUCUGCCCCAGCUGCUUGGGGGCUGGUUCCCCCAUCCUCCUUCGUGGG